AAGGUCAUAGAUCCUUGGAUCGAAGUAAUACCAAACGAGUAUGGUCUGGCAGUCGUGAAGACUGGUGUUGCAGUUCUGUUCAAAUUGGCCGCUAAAUCGGUUGAGAAGCGGGAAAAUAUAUCACAGGCUUUUGAGAAGAUUCGGGAUGCCAUGACUUCAGCGAACCCCUUGAAAGGGAGUUUUCGAUCACACCCAGACGUUGCUGCCGCUCUAGACGAGCUCUAUAAGGCCAUUGUCGAUUCGGUGAAUGAUAUGAUCAUCCUCACUGCGGAAAAGGAGCAGUUUUGGAGGGGGCUGAAAAAGAAACUGACCCAGAAAACAAAACGCCCCGAUGUUGACUCCGUUCUGCACCUAAUGUCUGAGAAGACCCAAGCACUCCAGACUGCCUUGAACACAGCUCGAGAUGAUGCAGUCGAGAUCACAAAUAGGGCGAUGAAGUACACGGCUGUCAAGGUAACUGGGAUAAGCAACAAGAUCGACUUACAAGGAGGGGAUAUCCGAGGCGUCAAGACAAUUGUCGAAGAGCAACGAGAUAUGUUCAAGGAUCAGGGCCAGAAGAUUGAAGAACUCCCAGACAUUCUCGAGAAGCUAUGGAAUAAGAAGCAGGCACUUGCGGAGGCCCAUGUAGCGACCGCCUCGAAUGAACUAUCGGCGGAAUGGGAGGCUCGGCUUCUGAACAAGUUCAUCGACCAGUUCUGCGAGGCAAUUGCGGAUCUGCCCAACAGCGAGGUUGGCCUACCCGACGUCGAGGGCUUUACUCUCCAACCAGACAGCGAUUGGGAUGCGGUCUCUAUGUUUCGAGGUAACUUCAACGCCAGGACUCAGAGCCGGGUGCAGUCCCUACUUCAACAAAACCGAUUCCUCAGCUGGAUGAAUGGCUCGUACCCAGACCUUCUCCUUAUCCUUGCCAAUCUGCCAGAUACAGGCAUGCAGCAUAUCACGGCCAUGUCUGUUUUAUGCGCAACCCUCGUUUCAAGUCUGACCAAUCUUCGCCGUGGGCACGUGGUUCUUCACUUUUUCUGCGGCCUGCAUAUCAAUUCUCGAGAUCCGAGCCCAGGACCGACAGGGCUGGUCCGGUCACUUAUAAUGCAAGUAUUUACAUAUCUACGACGAGACGGUCUUCUCAGCUUGGACUUUCUCAACGACCGAGCCGAUGUGAAAGCCAUCGAGGAUCAGGACCUGGAAAUCCUCUGCCGCACACUGCAGUCGCUUCUCGACCAGUUCCAGCCGAGCACUCAGGUGUACUGCGUUAUUGACUCCAUUACGCUGUUCGACAGCGAGGACUCGGCCUAUGAUCUCGAGGUAGUCCUGGGAUAUCUGCAGGAGAUCGUCGAAGACAGCCAACUGCCAGCCAUAUUCAAGUUGAUGAUGACGAGUCCGGCUCGAUGCACC